CGCUGACUUGCUGUGCAAAUGAUAGAGUCCUCUCCCCCACUUCAUAACUUGCUUGUGAAGUCGAAGAAGUAGCUAUCUUUCUUCUUCUUCUUCUUCGUCUUCGUCUUCGUCUUCUCUGUAUGCGACAGAGAGUCCACCAUACAUCACAAUGCCCAACCACAUGCUUCACGCCUCUCUUCGCUCCGCCCCUUCUUCCUCUUCCUCCCAAUCUUUCACCUCUAAGAUUCUCCUCCUCCUCACUCUCCUUCCCGUGUCCUUGGCGGCCAUUGCUUUCGUUCUUCAAUGGCGUGGUGGUAUCAGCGAUCCCGCCAACCUCUUAACCCCUCCUGGCUCCUAUCAGUUCCCUGGUAUGGACUCAUCUCCCCUUUCCUCCAUUUCCCACUCCUCCUCGUCCGAUUGUGUCAAUCUUGGUCGCAGCUCGGCGCCUUCCUUCCCUUAUUAUAAAAAUUGGAAGUUUGAUUACGGGACCAAUCUGAAGCCUAAGAUCUGUAUUACAACUAGUACAUCAGCAGGGCUGGAUCAGAUUUUGCCUUGGAUGUUUUAUCACAAAGUUAUGGGGGUAUCAAACUUCUUUCUUUUUGUGGAGGGGAAGGCUGCUUCUCCUGAAGUAUCCAACGUUCUGGAAUCUAUUCCUGGUGUAAAGGUUAUAUAUAGGACAAGGGACCUGGAAGAACAACAGGCUAGAAGCCGUAUUUGGAAUGAGACUUGGCUGUCAGGUUUCUUUUAUAAACCAUGUAAUUAUGAACUAUUUGUGAAGCAAUCCCUCAAUAUGGAGAUGGCCAUUGUUAUGGCACGGGAUGAUGGUAUGGACUGGAUUCUUCAUCUUGACACUGAUGAGUUAAUACACCCAGCUGGUGCACGGGAGUAUUCUUUGAGACAGUUGCUGCUUGAUGUUCCAGGAAAUGUUGAUAUGGUCAUAUUUCCUAACUAUGAAAGCAGUGUUGAGCGUGAUGAUGUCAAAGACCCUUUUAGUGAGGUCUCAAUGUUUAAGAGGAACUAUGACCAUCUUCCAAAAGAUACUUACUUUGGCAUGUACAAAGAAUCUACCCGUGGUAAUCCAAACUACUUCCUGACUUAUGGAAAUGGAAAAUCAGUUGCUCGAAUACAAGAUCAUCUUCGUCCUAAUGGCGCACACAGAUGGCACAAUUAUAUGAAAACUCCAAAUGAAAUCAAGUUGGAAGAGGCUGCUGUUUUACAUUACACAUAUGCGAAAUUCUCAGACCUAACUUCCAGACGUGAUCGCUGUGGUUGCAAACCUACAAAGGAAGAUGUCAAAAGAUGCUUCAUGCUGGACUUUGACAGAUCUGCAUUUAUCAUUGCUUCAACUGCAACUGAAGAGGAAAUGCUGAAGUGGUACCAUGAACAUGUUGUCUGGGAUGACAAAGAUGUAAAAUUGAAACUGUUGAGGAAGGGCAUAUUGACUCGCAUAUAUACUCCUAUGGCCAUAAUACAAGGUUUGAGGGAAUCUGGAGUAUUCAGUUCUGUCAUUGCAUCUGCCCCAAAACUGUCCAAGGAAAAGUUUUUGAUGUCAAUUGAUAGUAGUAACUCAUCAAGAGCUUCUUCUGGAUCACUUCCUUCCAGAAAUUCUUUAAGAGGCAAAGGGCAGCAAGCAACUGCAAGAAGAAUCUUGGACGUAGAUUCAGCUACAUCUCAUGAAAUAGCUGUUCCGCCAUUGUCUCCUCCUGGAAUGGAAGAUAUUGACCUAAGUUGACAUGCUUGGUCUAUCCCUCAAUCUUUAUUUUUGAAAGAACCAUUGAGUGCAGUUUUCAAAAUUAUUUUUCUGUCAUCUGAUAGAAAAUGUUUCCGAGUUUUAUUAGAGAAUCCUUUAUUCUAUUUUCAUGAGGAUGGUUGGUAGGUUGUCCUGUUCUACUUGUAGUUGAUGAUUCAUUAUGUAAAGAAAGAGGAAGUUGAUUAAUCUUAUGUUUUUUCAUUUGUUGCCCUCUGUAUAGAAGCUCAAUUGACAAUGUGAGUUCUUUUUGGUGAUUUCAUGCCCUUGAUGGUGAAGUGAACCUCAUGAAAGUAUGAUCUCAAUAGGUCUAUUUAAGCUA